GCUUUAACACAAACUUCGCUCUAAUGCAACUCCGAGUGCAUCCGACUAUGGAUUGUAGCGGCCGUUCAAAUAAUAAUAUUGAGCGCGAUUCCGAUUUGGGUGACGAUUUGUCCCACGGUGAUCGUACGGAUGACGAGAUGCGCGACUGUGAUUCCGUUGACGGUGAGCAUCAUCAGCUGAGCGCCAAGGCGGCAAUUGCAGCCCGGCUCAGUCACACAGUUGCCGGCGGCGCUGGCCUCAACUUUGCCAGUCCAGAGCAGCAAACAGAUCUGCCACUCAGCCAUCAUCAUCAGCUGCCGCCGAAUCAUCCGCUCAACGCCCUGGGCAGCUUUAUGAGCAUCGGCGGCCUACACAGCAUUCCAAAUCUGCAGCACAGCGAUGUCCUCGAGAAGCUCAAGAUGCAAGUGCGCGACAUGAAAGUUGGCCUCAUGGAGCAGGACUAUGCAGCGGCGGCACAUGCCGCAGCCUUUGGCGCCAACAUGCUGCCCACAACGAUCAGUACGGCUUUUCCGCUGCCGCACAAUUCGGUGGCAGCGGCUGCGGCAGCUGCAUCCUUUGGCCAUGCCACAAAUGUGAAUGCCAAUCCGGUGCCGACAGCCAACAAUGGCGCCAGCUACAAUGGUGGGCCCAGCGGUGGACAUGGAACAGGAGCACCUGCUAGCGUUGGCAACAGUGGCGGCACAGGAGCAGGAGGUGCUGGCGGCAAUAGCAGUGGUGUUAACAACAACAACAACAAUAACAAUAGCAACAACAACAACAACAACAACAAUAACGGUGCCGGCAAUGGUCAUCCCUUUUCAUUUGCAUCGCCAACAGCGCCGAGCAGCACCAAAGAAGCGCGCCACUUUGCAGCUAAUUCCGCAUCAAAUUCAUCGACGUCCAGCGAGGCAUCCAAUUCAUCGCAGCAGAAUAAUGGCUGGAGCUUUGAAGAGCAGUACAAACAAGUCAGACAGCUCUACGAAAUCAAUGAUGAUCCCAAGCGCAAGGAGUUUCUCGAUGAUUUGUUUUCGUUUAUGCAAAAGCGAGGCACGCCCAUCAACCGCCUGCCCAUAAUGGCCAAAUCGGUGCUGGAUCUGUAUGAGCUAUAUAAUCUGGUGAUAGCACGCGGCGGCCUCGUCGAUGUCAUCAACAAGAAGCUCUGGCAGGAGAUUAUCAAGGGACUGCAUCUGCCAUCGAGCAUCACCAGUGCGGCAUUCACCCUGCGCACCCAAUACAUGAAGUAUUUGUACCCCUACGAGUGCGAGAAGAAGAACCUCAGCACUCCCGCCGAACUGCAGGCGGCCAUCGAUGGCAAUCGUCGCGAAGGACGUCGCUCCAGCUACGGCCAAUACGAGGCCAUGCACAAUCAGAUGCCACUGACAACAAUUUCGCGACCACCGUUGCCUGGGGGCAUGCAACAGAUGUCGCCGUUGGCGCUGGUCACACACGCGGCGGCUGCGAACAAUCAGCAGGCGCAGGCAGCGGCCGCAGCGGCAGCAGCACAUCGACGGCUGAUGGGCGGACCGGCCUUUGGCCAGAUGCCGAAUCUGGUGACGCAGGAGAUUGAGAAUCGCAUGAUGGAGUAUCUGCAGCUCAUACAGGCCAAGAAGGAGCAGCAGCAGCAGCAACAGAAUGCGCCAGUUUUGGGCGCCACACAUCCCCACCAGCAGCAGCAGCAGCAGCAACAACAAUCGCUGCACCAUCACCAACAACAACAACAACAACAGCAGCAGCAGCGACAGCGCUCACAAAGCCCCGAGCUGAGCACACGUGAUGCGCUGAGUGCACAGGUGGCGCUUUGGCAUAUGUACCACAAUAGCAGUCCAACCGGUUCGGCGCACACCUCACCACAGCAACGCGAAGCCUUGAACCUUUCCGAUUCGCCGCCAACUUUGAAUUUGAAUCACAUAAAACGGGAAAGAGAACGCGAUCCGACGCCAGAACCAACGGAUCUGGAGGAAACGGUACUUCAGCCGCCGCCGGCGAAACGUGUGGGCAGUGGCCUAAUGCCGCCCGGUUUUCCCGCCAACUUUUACUUGAAUCCACACAAUAUGGCCGCUGUGGCAGCCGCCGCCGGUUUUCAUCACCAGGCCGCCAACAAUCAUCAUCAUCAUCAGCAGCAGCAGCAGCAGCAACAGCAACAGUCGCAGCAGCAGGAUGCUGUGUCUGAGGGUGAACCAGAGGAUGAGUAUGGCAAUGGGGAGCAUAACACCACCGGCAACUCAUCGUCGCUGCAAGAUGAAAGUGAGCCACAGCAGCUGAAUGGACACCACCUGCACCAUCAUCAUCAUGAUCAUAACGAUCUGCAUCAUGAUCUGCAUCAUGAGCAUCAUCAUCAUCAUCAGAAUCAUCUGGACAAGUCGGAUGACUCGGCCAUUGAGAACUCACCCAGCACAUCGACAACGACAACAACAACAUCAUCAUCCACAUCCAAAUCGCAUCGUCACAGCUCGCCGGUGUCCACAAAAAAGAAGAGCAGUGUCAACUGCAACAGCAGCAGCAACAACAGCAACAACAACAACAACAGCAACAAGACGCAGUCCUUGUCGUGUGCGAAGGAUGCCGGCAACAACAACAGCAUCAGCAGCAGCAGUGCCAACGAUGCCAAACUGAAUCCCCUCGAGACGCUCAGCCUGCUCUCGGGCAUGCAGUUUCAAGUGGCACGCAACGGCACCAAUGCAAAUGGCGAGCAGCAGUUGAUUGUCAAUCUCGAGCUAAAUGGCAUUAAGUACUCGGGUGUGCUGGUGGCAGCAAACCAAGCAGCAGCAGCUGCAGCAGCAGCAGCCAAGCCAGAAACAGGAGCAGGCACUGAGCGGCAGCAGGCAGAGACGCCAAUUGCUGCUGCUGCGGCUGCUGCUGUUGAGGAGCCAGCAGUGAGGAGCAGCAGCAGCAGCAGCAGCAUUGAUGAUGAGCUCAAGCAUGAAAACAGCCAGGAACUUGGCCAGAACGAGGCAACCGAUGAGGAAACAAUGCAGGAACAGCAACAACAACAACAGCAGCAGCAGCAGCAACAACAACAACUCACAGAUGAGAUUGUGAAUGGUGCAGGAAUUGGGGGGGUUGGUGUCGGGGUCAGCGGUGCAGUGGGUGCAAGUCUGCUUAAGGAUGCUGUGGUCAGUUCAUAGAGUGCCGACAAGAUAUGCAUAUGAAAAGGAAUACCAAAGUCAUAUUUUUCAGAAAAAUAAAAAAUCAAAUACAACAACAAAAUACACACACACACACACACACAGAAAAUACACACAUACACACACGUGUGUGUGUGUGAGUUGGAACUCGUUAGCCUGGCUAAGACAAAAGUGCAUCCAGCAUUUGGCAGCUGCACCCACAAACAUGCCCAUAAAUAAGCAAACAAACAUAUUGUUUAUAUAUAUAUAUAUAUGUAUACAUAUAUAGCAUAUAUAUAUACCAUAUAAUAUAUAUAUAUAUAGAUCGUGUAGCAUGUUCAAUUUCCACAUUUUGCAUAAAAGACAAGCUUUCGAGCAUUGUAUUUAAUUUAAUAGUAUCUAGUUUCUAAGCAGCUGCAACAAUUAAAUAAAAUAUACAAUAUACACACACAUACAUACAUAUAUAUAUAUAUAUAUAUAUAUAUAUUGAUUAGUUGUUAGGGUACCUAAGGUCAUGCCCCACGCCUACCGCCCACCCCUCGGUAUAUGAAGUUUGUGUUUUUUUUUAGCGAGCAAUUUUUGUUUGUUUCAUUUUUAUUAUUAUGAUUUUUUCUUCUCAAAAAUUGUCUUUUAGGCUAUAAAGCUUGUGUACAUAUCAAUAAUUGCUAUGUAGUAGUAAAUAUCUAUAUACAGACACAUAUAUAUAUACUUUAUGUAAUUCUAAGU